UAUAGUAUAAAAACAUAUAAUUGCUUCCAAAACAAAUACUUCUUAAUACUCAUUGUAGAAUUACUCAGAAAAGUUAUCAUUAUUAGUAGAAAGCCGGUUUUGAAGUGUUCAGGAUGGAAUUACCGCAGUGAACCAGCGUGCGAAGCUUUUAUGAGUUCUCAGUCGCAGCAUAUCAGCUCACAAUUGCAUUCAGGUGUUAACUUCCGCCCGAACUGGUGAAGAAUUUUCUCGUAGUUCAAAACUAAAUUAUGUGGCUUAAAAGUGUAAUUUUCUACAAUAUAAUAAUAUUCGGAUUAAUUGUGCUUUAUAAUCAAUCAACUGAGGGAUGCUAUUAUGCACAAUCUUGUUUUACUCCACUCAACUACAGCGGCAGUUUUGUAUAUGAAGAAUAUUAUAAAACAUUUAAGGAUGAAGACAAAGCUCUUUGCGGUGGUUUUUGCCAACAUAACAGUACAUCGCGUUUGCGCUGUUGCGCCUAUAGAGCUGAGGUAAAUGCAGACAGGAUAUCUGAGCAAGUUUGCAGAUAUAAUCACUUAAAACGUGGCUUCAUCAUAUAUGGUAAACUGGCAAAGGCCAAUGAAUUCCCCUUUAUGGCGGCGCUGGGAUGGCGCGUUAAAGACGAAUUCAGUGGGAACUCAACAAUAGUCUACAGAUGUGGCGGCACUAUAUAUGAUCGUGGUUUUGUUAUCACUGCGGCUCAUUGUUUAUAUCAUUCAAAUGACCUACCCGUUGUGGUACGACCAGGUGGAUUCGCUUUAAAUGACACCGAGGCAUGGGAUUUGGAUAUUGAGGAAGUCAUAGAACAUCCUGAUUAUGAAUAUCCAUACGUCUACAACGACAUUGCUAUUGUACGCUUGAGAACACCAUUUUAUGGAAAUCCCUUCCAUGAUGCUCCCGCUUGUCUUUGGGCAGGGCCAAGCUCGACAGAAAAUGUUACCGCGAUUGGCUACGGGGACACACAAUUUGGCGGUGUAUCCUCGCCCUUAUUGAUGAAAACCAAUUUGGUCACAAUCAAGAACAACGAAUGCCAAUUACACUACGACCCAGACAGUGGUUCAUUAACUGAUGGAAUUAUAUGGACGCAGAUAUGUGCGAAAGAUCCUGAGAAAUUACGUGACACAUGUCAAGGCGACUCCGGCGGUCCAAUAAUCAAGUUUGUGCAAAGGGAAGGCCUAGAGUUAAUGUCAUUCGUUGUUGGUGUCACAUCCUUUGGCAUUGGUUGUGGCACUGGCAUACCAAGUGUUUACACACGUAUUUCUGAAUAUAUUGAUUGGAUUGAACAAGUAACUUAUGGGACCGUGUCACAAUAGAUAUUUCCUUAAAACAAAUAAAGUAAAAAUUUGGA